UUGAUGAUCAUCGUAGGAAUCAAAAAUACUUGAAUCAAACAUGGCAAAGAUGCUGUUCACCCAAUUUAUGAAUCAGAAAAAGGAACAAAAUAGCAAAGAAUUAUUAGAAAAGCAUAAAUUCUCAACUUCAUUUCCUCCAAAGAGAAUAAUUCAAAAAGCUAAAGGGAAGCCAAAGGCCAAAGCCCGAAACAAAGAGAGAUCAGUUCCGACUAAAAAUAUAAGAGAAAAGCCUAGUCAAAUGCUAGCAAGAAGAACUCAAGCCCCUUCUCUUGGGAAGAAGGCAACAGAGAAACAUAUUGAGCAGUACUAUCAGAACCUGGAAAAUAUCAUGAGAGUGAACAAUGUUGGGUUCUUUGACUCAAAACUUAUGGAAAACUCCUAUGCUGAAAACGACAAACCUGAUGGCUCUUAUACACAAAAUUACCCUAUGGUCAAUGAGACCAAUUACAACGUCCAUGUCAAGAAUACUAAAGGAGGAAUAGUAAAUAUCAAUUUGAUGAAUACCUCAGAAUCUACCAAAUUCAAGACAGAUCACCCCAAAUCCCAAGGACAUGCACAUAAGAUAGAUAGUGGAAUGAGGAGGGAAAACAGUAAGAUUAAUUUCAAUCACCCUCCAACCACAUCCUUAACAGUGAAGCCUCACAGGAGAAGGUUCGAGAAUAAGCUCAGGAUAAACCACUCUGUAGAGAACCCAAACUUUAUUAAGAACCAGAAGUUGACUGGCAUCCUAACCUAUUACAAAGAAAUCAACAAAAAGAGAGAGAAAAGAUUCUAUAGAAGUUAUAAACCAGGAAAGAAAUCUAAAUCUCCCAAUCAAAAGAGAACCCACAAGAGCCCAAACAAUGGGUAUAAUGAUAUUGCAAAACAAGAGACACCGUUGAGAAUGAAAAUUAAGAAGAGAGUUUUAAGAGAUUACUCUAAAAUCCUCAACUAUUCUGACCAACUUAGCCAGAUAUUCAAUAAGAAUCCUAUCAGGAACCAGUCUACAGAGAGCUUGCUGCCAAGUAUAUACAAUGACAACCAAAGAAGCAUUGAAUUUUAAUUUUAUUUCCAACUCUCAUGACCCAAA